UUCCCGUUUUAUUGUCUCGAAGAGGCUGCCACUUGCUUCGCCUAGCUAGGCACGCACGGCGAGGUUCCGCCAUUGCUAAGCUUCACCGAUCCCUAGACAGAAGAAACACGAGCAAUUAAAGUAGUAGUAGACAGCUCGUGGCGCAUAGCAGAAGCAGUCUUGCUAGCAGCAGGGUGGUGGUGGCGGCGAGGUAGCUAGAGAGAGAAGCUCCGGCCGGGAGCUGGUUUGUGCGGCAUGAAGCAGCAGCAGGGUGGCGGCGGCGGCGGCCUCCUGGGCGUGCGGUUCGAGUCGCAGCGGUUCCGGCUGCUGUCCAUCGUCGUCGGCUGCUUCCUCAUCUCUGUCACCUUCCUCCUCUCCUCCCGGCCCGACGCCGGCGCCUUCGACACGCUGAGCCCCAAGCCGUGGCUGGAAGAAGCCCGCAGCACGCAGACGACGCCGACGACCGCCAUCAAGACCGUCAAGACCUCGCCCAAAUUAGGAGGUCGGGAUUUCCUGGUGGACGUCGUGCCGCAGCGGGGGGCACAGGGAGAGAGCCAUGGCCGGCAGCCGCAGCAGAGCGCCGGCGAGAGGACAGAGACAGAAUGGGUUAAGGACACGGUGAUAAUCGAGGAGCGGAUCGGCGGCGCCGGCGCCGGCGGCACCGAGAGAGCGGAGCAUGAGGAGGCGGAGCGCGACCUCAAUGCCGGUACCGUGGAUCGUCAACCCGGCGUACAGGACGAGUCGGCACAAGGUACCGCCACGGAGGAGGAGGAGGCGGCUCACCACGACGACUUGCCAGCGCAGACCAUGGGCGCCGCCGUGACCACCGCGCGGCCGGCCGUGCUGGAGACGACGACGGCGACUCAGCCAGACCAGCUGCCAGUGCCAGGUUUGUUUUCGGACAAGGAGACGCAGAAGGUCGGUGGCCGGACGAUGAAGCUCCAGGCCGACCCGCAGCAGACGCCGGCGAUCAUCAAGCAUACGACGCCACUGCCGCCGCUGUGCGACUUCUCCGACCGCCGCGCCGACAUCUGCGACUUCUCCGGCGACAUCCGCUUGGUCGCCAACGCCUCCUCGUACAUCGUCGUCAUCGACCCAGCAACACCCGCGCAGUCGCACAAGGUGCGGCCGUACCAGCGGAAGGGCGACGAGACGUGCAUGGGCCGGAUCACUGAGAUCACCGUACGCACUUCAUCGGCGGUGCCACCAAAGUGCACGCAAACGCACACCGUCCCCGCCGUGACCUUCUCCAUCGGCGGCUACACAGGGAACAUCUUCCACGACUUCUCCGACGUGCUGGUCCCGCUCUACAACACGAUCCACAAGUACGGCGGCGAGGUGCAGCUGGUGAUGACCAACGUGGCGCCCUGGUGGCUGGUCAAGUACGACAAGAUGCUCCGCACCAUCUCCCGCUACGCGCCCAUCGACCUCGCCAAGGCGGCCGCCGCGGGCGAGGUGCACUGCUUCCCGCACGCCAUCGUCAGCCUGCGCGCGCACCGGGAGCUCAUCAUAGAGCGCGACCGCAGCGUCGACGGGCUCGCCACGCCGGACUUCACCCGGUUCGUCCGCCGCGCGCUCGCCCUGCCACGCGACGCGCCGAGCCGCGUCGCCGACGGGACCGGCCGGAAGCCCCGGCUGCUGAUCAUCGCGAGGCACCGCACCCGCAUCCUGCUCAACCUCGCCGACGUGAUCCUCGCGGCGGAGGGCGCCGGGUUCGAGGCGGCGAUGAGCGAGUCGGACGUGGGCGACCCCCUCUCCCGGGUGGGCGCGGAGAUCAACUCCGCCGACGUGCUGGUGGGCGUGCACGGCGCCGGGCUGACGAACAUGAUGUUCCUGCCGCCGGGGGCGACGCUGGUGCAGGUGGUGCCGUGGGGCGGGCUGCAGUGGAUCGCGCACAUGGACUACGGCGACCCCGCGGAGGCCAUGGGGCUCCGGUACAUACAGUACGAGAUCGGCGUGGAGGAGAGCUCGCUCAAGGACAAGUACCCCAGGGACCAUGAGAUUUUCACCAACCCGACGGGGAUGCACAAGAAGGGCUUCGGGUUCAUGCGCCAGACCCUCAUGGACGGCCAGAACAUCACCGUCGACCUCGACCGGUUCCGGGACGUGCUCCAGGAGGCCCUUGGCAACUACCUCGCGCAGUAGAUACAGAUACUACUAGCUUGAAUAUAUUACCGGCCAUGCAAUACAAUGUACUCCUACAGUUCAACAUACAUACUUCAGGGGCACUGCGACUUUUCCCCUUUCGCUCA